ACAACUGGCAAAAUCGAUAAGAAUUUUGUCGCAUUUUGUGUUAAUUUUGUAUUUACGGUCAUUUUAAAUGAUUAGCUAAAUCAAUUUUACAGUAAGAAUAGACUUAAAUUGAUCUCUCUCACAAUGAUCAAGGCAAUAUUAGUGUUUAACAAUCAUGGGAAGCCAAGACUGUCGAAAUUCUACCAAUACUUUAAUGAAGACAUGCAGCAGCAAAUUAUCAAGGAGACUUUCCAGCUAGUCUCCAAGCGCGACGACAAUGUGUGCAAUUUCUUGGAAGGAGGCAGUCUCAUCGGAGGGUCAGACUACAAGCUGAUCUACAGGCACUACGCUACCCUCUACUUCGUGUUCUGCGUGGACUCCUCUGAGAGUGAACUGGGCAUUCUAGACUUAAUUCAGGUGUUUGUAGAGACCCUAGACAAGUGCUUCGAGAACGUCUGCGAGUUAGACCUGAUCUUCCACGCGGACGCGGCGCACCAGGUGUUGGAUGAGCUGGUGAUGGGCGGCAUGGUACUGCAGACCAACAUGGCCGACAUACUCUGCCGGCUCGCCGAGCAGAACAAGAUGCAGAAAGCCGAGGCUGGUAUAUCAGCGGCGCCUGCGCGUGCGGUAUCAGCAGUCAAGUCGAUGAACUUGCCUCAGCAGUUGCGAGACAUGCGUCUGCCGGACUUGCCGCAGGCUAUCAAGGAUCUAAAGUUCUGACCGUACACCCAGGGCGGUUACCCUCCAACGCCCGUUGCCAUAGCGACCAACAUCCUAAACUCGAUCUACCCUCAAAACGAAAAAUACCAAAACCUACACAAACCCACAGAAAACUUCGCAAACAAGUUCUUCGGAUCUGAAACUUUGAGCACGAAAUUUUCCGAAACGUUCUCGGAAAAUUACCAACAAACCGAAGGCAUCAGUUUUCCAGAUUAUGAAAGUUCCAAAGCAGAUGGGUAUCAAGAUUUAAGUGGGAGUACAGUGGAGUACGAUUAUACGGAU